GAGCGAGGCGGCCUCCCCGCCCCUCGCCGCGGCCUCGGGCCUCACCCCGCCCCCAGACACCCCGCACCGUGAGCACACAGCGGCGGCGAGCAGAAAGAAAGGAGGCGGCAGGCAGGAGCAGGCAGCGCCGCUUUCCACCACCCCCCCUUCCCACGGCAGCCACCGGAGCGGGGCGAGAACGGGAGAUUUUAUAUUUUUUUUUAUUUUUAUAUAUAUAUAUAUAUAUAUUAUUUUCUCCGCCUGGGCUGUGGAGGGCACGGCCGGUGCAGCCCUGCUUGGGGACCCCCCUCCUAUAGCCGCCCGCCGCCUCCUCCCGGCCCCCGCCCGAGGCCUCAGCGCGUAGCCGGAGCUCCCGUAGGUCCCGCCGGGCGUGCGGCGGAGCGGGCCCGGCUCCCUCCUUUGUCCGAUCCCCCCGCCGCCCCCCGACACCGACCGCCGCUGCCCCCGCAGGUCGGCGGAUGGACCCGCAGCCCGGCGCCAGGAGCUGCAGCCGCGGGGCUCCCGCCUGCGAGGUGGGGCCACCCGAGCCCCCCAUGAACCUCUACAUCCACACCACCACCGGCACCCGCUAUGAGCUCUCGGUGCCCGCCGAGGAGACGGUGGAGGGGCUGAAGCGGCGGCUGUCCCAGCGCCUCAAGGUGCCCAAGGAGCGUCUGGCGCUGCUGCACAAAGAGAGCCGCCUCAGCUCUGGCAAGCUGCAGGACCUGGGGGUCGUGGAAGGCAGCAAGCUGACACUGGUGCCCACCGUGGAGGCCGGCUUGAUGUCCCAGGCGUCCAGGCCAGAACAGUCGGUGAUGCAAGCUCUGGAAAGCUUAACUGAAACUCAGGUCAACGACUUCUUGUCGGGCCGGUCCCCGCUGACCCUGGCGCUGCGUGUGGGUGACCACAUGAUGUUCGUGCAGCUGCAGCUGGCGGCCCAGCAGAGCACGGGGCAGCUCCAGCACCGACACCUCAUCGCCAGCCGGGGCGAGGCGGGCGCCGGCGCCAGCCCCCACUGCCGGACGCUGCACGGUGCCGGCGGCUCCGGCUUCGCCCGCAUCCCCGUGGUGCCCUCGUGCCAGCAGAGCCCGGCCCCCAGCCCCACGCCCGCCCCGCCAGCCCCUCCCGUGUACUGUAACGCCCCUCACGCCGCUCCCGUCACCGCCGGCAUGUUCCGGUCGCACGGGGCCAGCGCGCAGACGGUGAACAGCAGCGUGAUCUCCUCCUGCUCAGAGGUGGACUGUGGCUCCCGCAGCAGCAGCUCCCCGGGCAGCAGCCCGGCCCCCUCGGCCCGGUCGCGCAAGCCCGGGGCGGUCAUCGAGAGCUUUGUCAACCACGCUCCUGGGGUCUUCUCAGGGACCUUCUCCGGCACUUUGCACCCCAACUGCCAGGACAGCAGCGGGCGGCCGCGGCGGGACAUCGGCACCAUCCUGCAGAUCCUCAACGACCUCCUCAGCGCCACGAGACACUACCAGGGCAUGCCCCAGUCCCUGACACAGCUCCGCUGCCAGACGCAGUUCUCCUCCUCCUCCUCCUCUUCCUCCUCCUCGCCGCCUGCCUCUCCAGACCUCGCCAGCAAAACUACCUCAGAGCCGCUGCCGGCGGCCGCCGCCCCCACCCUGCACCCCGUCGUCCAGUGCCAAAGCCAGAUCCGGAUGUGCAAGCCCAGUGGGGACCGGCUGCGGCAGACGGAGAACCGUGCCACGCGCUGCAAGGUGGAGCGGCUGCAGCUGCUGCUGCAGCAGAAGCGGCUGCGGCGGAAGGCGCGGCGGGACGCCCGGGCUCCGUACCACUGGGUGCCCAACCGCAAGGCCGGCCGCACCAACAGCAACAGCAGCGUCUCCAGCAGCGAGGGCAGCCUGGACCUGGACUUCGAGGACUCGGUCUGGAAGCCGGAGGUCAAGGCCGAGAUGAAAUCCGAGUUUGUCGUAGCAUAGAGGAGAGCCAGGGCCCCGGGGGACUGUGCCGGGGGGUCCCGCUGGCUGGCCCCGCUCUGGGGAGGCAGCGCCGGCGUCGCGGGCUGGGGCUCCUCCAGAUUUGCUGCCAGCGGACGCGUUGGGCCGACCCGCGUGUUAGGGGGAGCCCCCCCAUCCGUCCCCCUGCUCGUUUGGGUUUGGGGAGAUGGGGACGAGCAGCAGGAGCCGCCCCCUCCUUGCAGCCUCCCCAGCCGGGGUGUAUGGAAGCUGCUGCUUUGCUGUGAAAGGGGCACAGCCGGGUGGGCUCCGGCCCCACCUCGUGCCACCCCAGCCCGGCGCAGGCAGGAGGAGAUGAAGUCUCUCUCGGAGGUGCUGGAGCCCCCCCCCGAUUUGGGGGCCGUUUGUUUUCCUUCCCUUCUAUAUGUAGCAUUGCUCGGCUGCGGGGCUGGGCCCCCCCACAAAAGGGGGGACGUGUGUGCCUGGGCCCCACCGCCGCAGCCU